AUGGCAGAGCAAAGAAACGACGAUGCAAUUUAUUUAAAAGAACGCAAUCAUAGAUAUAUUCGACGAGCAAUAACUAUUUUUGCAGUUGUAUUAACUUUAUUUGCGAUUAUUUUGGUAACUCUUUCGUUAUCGCUUGGAUCAAAAAUUGAUGAGUUAGAAAAUUUUUUGAUACUUUCUUUUAAUGAGAAAUAUUCACGAACUCAGAAAUAA